GCAAAUACCGGAUCAUCAACCUGCCCAGCAGUUUUCUUUCUUUUCUUUGUCUUCGAUUUAAGGAACCAUUUUCUUUUUUUAGCAGCAAAGUUUGGUUCUUGAGCUGGUACACUUGCUGCAAACUCAUUUUGUAUUUGGUAAAACAAGAAAAUCUCAAGAAGAAGAAAGAAAGAGAGAAAAACAUUAUAACAUAUUCAGGAUUUUGAUUUUGAUAUGAAUAUAUUGAGAGAUGGAGGAAAUGGAGAAGCUUAGAGCUGCCAGAGACACUCUAAGGUGCUGUUUGGAAGUUUCGAAAGAAUUAUCUGCGGAUUUGGGCAAUGCCAAGGAGAGGUUGAAGAAGACAAACCAGAGACUGGCAUUGUUAGAAUCAUGCAUCAGUAAAAUAUCAAAAAAAUGCAGUCUUUAUAACAAGAUCAAAGACCCUCUUGCCCAUACAAUUCAUCUCUCUGAUUCUAUUCUGAAAAUGUUUCAGCUCGUCUCUGGUUUGGAAAAUACCCUUUUGUCCUCUGACCCUUCUUCUGGCUUGCGGGAUUACCUAGACACCGUCAAGCGCAGUGGAGAGUCGCUGAGAUUCCUCACCGGUUACUGUAGAUUGGCAAUCCCGUGGUUGGAACAAGUGGAAUCUCUUCUUGAGGAGGACCAUGAUAAUCCCGUUGCAGAUGAAGGGUAUCUUGGGAAUGUCAAGAAAUUUCUGGAGACGCUUGGAGAAGUGCAGUCCAUGGAGGAAAGGUUUUGGUCAAAAGGAGGAAGUCUGGUUUCAGCUUUGGACAAACUGGAAGGUGAGCUUGCCACUCUCUUGAUGGGUGAUACUAACAUGAUUGACAAAGUUCAUGCCAUUGUUGAGAGGUUAGCUGCGAAUAAUCGUCGCGAAAAUUGUGUUUCUGUUUAUGUUGAAAUCCGGAGUUCAUUUGCCAGAGAAGCUCUGCAAGAACUGGGCUUGGAUUACCUGGAAACGCCAUUAAAUGAGCUUGAAAGCCUUCAAAGUGUAGAAAACAUGAUGAUAGAUCAGUGGGGAAUGCAUUUGGAAUUCACAGUGAAAUAUGUGUUUGAGAUUGAACACAAUCUCUGCAGGGAGAUUUUUCAGAAAAAUUACUCAGAAAUCUUUGCGCGGAUCGUUUCCCAGUCUGGGAUUCAAUCUUUCUUUGAGUUCGCGAAGAUGGUGGCAAAGGGAAAGAAGGAAGCAAUCAAGCUUCUGAAGCUUUUGGAAAUUUUUGCAGUUCUUGAAAAGCUAAGACUGGAUUUUAACAGACUUUUCAAAGGGAAAGCUUGCAGGGACAUACAGAACCAGACAAGGGAUUUGAUCAAGAGAGUUGUGAAUGGGGUUUGUGAAAUUUUCUGGGAACUUCCCCUUCAAGUUGAACUUCAACAGCUUCCAUCUCCACCACCAGGUAACUGUGGUGUUCCAAGACUGGCCAUUUUCGUCACUGGUUUCUGCAACCUGUUACUGGAAGACGACUACUGGUUGACUUUACUCCAAGUUCUCAAGAUUCAUCAAGGGUGGGCCCACAAAGAAUUCAACGAGAAUCUCAUCACAAACGAGAUUCACAACAUAAUGACUGCAUUGGAGAAGAAUCUGGAAGCACAGGCAAGAGGGUACGCGGACCCCACCCUCUCCUCCCUCUUCCUGAUCAAUGCCAACCGGUACCUCAGCGAAUAUACAAGAGAUUCAAAACUCGGCAACAUCAUGGGAGAUCAGUGGAUAACAAGGCAUGAGGAAAACAUGGAGCAUUACAUCGCAAUUUAUCUGAAGGAGAGCUGGGAGAAGCUAAAAGAUGAAGAAGAUUUCGGUGACGCCUUUGAGAGGAUUUGUAAGAUCCAAUCUGGGGUUGUACUAUGUGACAAAGGGUUGAGAUGGAGAAUCUGUGAAGCUGUUCUUCAGGCUGUUCUUCCUCCCUACAUUGAAAAAUAUGUAGAUAUAAGGUACACACCAGAAAGAGUGGAGAGAAUGAUCAGAUGUCUAUUUCAACCAGAGUUAGAGGAGUUUGGUGCAGCCAAUUUAACCAAAUGCACAGAACUUAUCAGCAAGGUCAAUAGUGUGGUUGCUAAUCCAAUCUCUUCAACUCCCACAGCUGCAUGAUCAUGUAAGGUUAUAUAACAACUUAUUAUGGUGGGGAA